UGUCCUCGCAACUAUGAGGUGAGCAAACCAGGUUUACACUGACCGACGUUUCCACGAUAAUCCCACGAUAAAGGUUCUGGAGGUGGCGGGUGACCCCGCCUCUCUGUUUAUCUAGUCCAUGGAACCCUCACGCGACGAUACUUGUGUCUUGAUGCUUUGUCUACAAGCUCACCUGCCUAACUAUAUUCUACUAAUAACCUAUCUGUGUCACUCGCUAGUGGUUGAACGUCGUCUUGAGAGAACCUGCAAAUCACGGUCGACAACCUGAAGGGAUGGCAUACACUGGGACGCUGCGACGGACCCCUCCGCUACCACACCGAGAUCCAAUUCGACACUUCUCCCAAUCCGAGAAGCUACCUGCUCUACUAGAUGGAUCAUACCAGAUCGAGGUAGAUCUGUUGCCAAAACCGUUGUUCUGCAGAAGGAUAACACUACCGUCGAAAGCCCUACACGUCUCUACUAUGGAAAUUCCAUCACCCAUGUCAUCAGACACCCGAUCUUCACCUGCAUCAUCUAUUUGCUCCUCAGAUGCAAGUGUGUCUUCGUCACCACCAUCUACGCCAUCAACAUCUGCUCCCAGCUCACCAGCAUCACGAACGCGAUCUCUGACGUAUUCUUCUCCACCUUCGGCAUGGUUCAUCCCACCAGUUGCUCCAGACCCUACUCCCAAGCAAUCAUUGAGGAGGAGAAGAAGCCCUAGACAAGAGACACUGAGGAGUUUAAGAGCGAAGGAGUCCGAUGCAUGUUUACAGAGGAUGUGCGAUCAGCGAGUGUCAGCCUACCUCGACGGAUCCAUGUUCGAAUGCAAGAAGCCGGGUUCAAGGCUAGCGAUGGAAAUUGUUGGUUGGGAGAAGUGAUGGUAAUUGCUAGCGUAACCACCGUUGACAUGGUUGCCUUGCUGAGUAUGACUGAUGAGUACGACAUUGAUGAAAGGAGGUAUGUAUAGCUUAAGGACGAUCAUGAUACCACGUUCGGCGUUCUGAUGACCCUUAAUUGUGUUUUAAUGGUCCCCCAAGGCGUACGGGGAGCAACGCUCAUGUAAUAUCAGCAAUGGAAUACAACACCAGGACUCCAGUUCUAUCCAAAUCCUGGCCCCUUUAGUGCCAACCCCAGGC